AUGGCGAGCCCUAAUGGAUCGUCCUACUCAAACGAUGUCAAGGCUUCGUCGUCAUCGGAAAUCAUCCAGCCGUCCUCCAACGUUGUCGCUGGCGAGGUUCCCGCCACCAGCGCUGCCGCCGAGAGCGCUGGUCGUGGAACAGGCAAGAUCCACCUUUCCAAGGACUUUAUCGAACAAGCCGACGCCGAACUGCUCGCCGCGCUCGGAUACAAGCAGGAAUUUAAGCGAGAGUUUUCUUCCAUUGAAGUGUUCGGGAUCGCUUUCUCGAUCAUGGGUGUCGCACCUUCGAUCGCUUCCACCCUGAUCUACUCCCUGCCCAGCGGUGGGCCGGUGAGCAUGGUGUGGGGCUGGUUUGUCGGAUGCUUCUUUAUCGCCUUUACCGGGUUGGCGCUAGGUGAUCUGGCUAGUUCGAUGCCUACUUCAGGUGGAUUGUACUACUGGACGUAUGCGCUGUCGAGUCCCAAGUACAGGAGGUUCUUGUGCUGGACCGUGGGGUAUGCGAAUACCUUAUCGACAACCAGCGCUGUAGCGAGCAUUGACUGGAGUGUAGCCAUCAUGAUCCUGGCUGCGGUGUCGGUCGGCACGGAUGGAAGGUAUGUGCCUACAGAUGCGCAGACGUACGGAGUCUACAUUGGCGUUUUGAUUAUGCAUGCGCUGUUGACUUCGAUCGGCACGCGCGCUCUAGCACGUUUUCAAACCGUCGCCACGGUCCUCUGUGGUGGACUGGCGAUCGCCAUCUGCAUCGUGCUCGGCACUACCACUCCCAACGAAUACCGCAACACGGCUUCGUACGCCUUUACGGGCUGGUACAAUGAAUCCGGUUGGUCUUCAGCCGGUGCGUUUUUCCUUGCUUUCAUGACCCCGGCUUGGACCAUCGCUUCGUACGACUCGUGCGUCCACAUCUCGGAGGAGGCCUCCAACGCAGCUAAAGCCGUCCCCAUGGGCAUCUUUUUCAGCAUCGUAUCCUCUGGUCUCCUGGGUCUCGGCAUCAUGAUUGCACUCACCUUUAACAUGGGUACUGAUCUGGCACCCAUCAUCAACUCGGAUUACGGUCAACCGAUGGCCACCAUCAUUCUCAACAGUUGCGGCAAGACGGGCUUCAUUGUCAUCUGGGUGUUUAUGGUCAUCGUCAACUUUAUGAUGGGGGCUAGUAUGAACUUGGCUUCCAGUCGACAGAUUUUCGCGUUUAGUCGUGACGGUGCGCUUCCGUUCUCGGGUUGGGUCUACAGGAUCAACAGUUACACCUUGACGCCCGUUAACAGCGCUUGGUGGUCGGCAGCGUGUUCGGCGGUCUUCUGCCUGUUGGGCUUGGUCAAUGAGGUAGCUGUUGGAGCCGUGUUUUCGCUCUCGGUCAUCGGCGCGAGCAUCGCAUACACGAUCCCCAUCGUAGCACGCUUGAUGGCACCGCACAAGUUCAAACCGGGCGUAUGGUACCUCGGCGACUUCUGGAGCAAGAUUGUCGCCUGGGUAGCAGCGAUCUGGUUGGUGUUUAUCAGCAUCAUCGUCUGCAUGCCAAGUUACAUUCCUGUUACCGGUGCAGCAGAUAUGAACUAUGCGUGCGUCGUCACCGGCGCAACGUUUAUCUUCAGCACCGCGUGGUACUACUGGCCCAAGUACGGCGGCGUACACUGGUUCGAGGGUCCCAAGAGCAAUAUCGACGACGAAGACGUCGCAGCACACCAAGUCGCCCACCAACUCCAGGAGCAAGAGGAUACGAACAAGGCCAAAUCCCAGCAGCAAGAGUUGAACCAAACCGUGUUGGUCGAGGACUUUAAAGAGUAG